UUUUAUAACCACUUAUCAGAUUUUUCCUAUUACAGAAAAUAAAUACAGAUCUUUUUAGUACUAACAGGUAUAAAUACAAAUUUUUACAUCGCAUACCUCCUUUUUUGGUAUUAAAAUAGUUCCAACUUCAAGAGCAAAAACCAAUUUUUCAAAACCUACCAUGUUUAGAACAUUGCUACUCUGUGUUGUUUUAGCAUUGUUUGUGCUUCACACUAAAGCCGAUGGAACAAAAGAGGGUUCCUGCCAAACAGAGGACAGAGGUAAAGUGGAACACGGUGCAAAAUACACUAAUGAAAAUGAGUGUCAACAAUACAUUUGCCACCAUGGGAUUCUUACCACUCGAGGCUGUGGAAUAUCACAAGCCCCAGCUGACUGUGAAUUUGUUGAAGGCAAAGGAGACUUUCCCAAAUGCUGCCCAAAACUUCACUGCAAAAAUGGACGCAAAUUUUAACGAGAGUCCUACAUAGCUGUCCCACUAGAUCCCUUGUAUAUAUAUUGUAAAAGAGUAUGUUAAUAAAUAUUGUUGUUGUCUA